AUGGCACUUUCAAUUGCAGAUGCCACCAUCCUCCCCGACCCUAUCAUUGGGCCCGUUACAGUAAUUAUCAAUGGAACACUAUACUGCACUGUCAAUGGUGGCCUUGGUGUGAAUGGCUCUGCGACGCCCGCUUUCACUGAUGCUUUGGUGCAGUUGCGAUGCCGUGAGAGAACCGUCGUCGUGGCUAGUGCAAUUACAAAUUCUACCGGAAUGUUUGCUAUCAACUUCAGACCUUCCCCGCUUAUUUUCGUCGGUCUAAUCGGCGGCAGUUGCCAACUACGUGUUGCAACACCUCUCGUCAGAUGUAAUUCAACCCUUCCAUCAGACAGAUUUCUAGUUUCGACAGGCUUGCGUUCACGUGGAACUGCUUUCAGUGGAACUUCAAUCACUGUGAAUAUAGUACCUGAUGGUUUCACACUCAGUGCUCAGAAUUAG